GCGAAGCCAGACAGGCCACCAAAGCUCAACAACGCGUGACGCAGGACCCUUCCCAGUGCUUUCCAUUUAGCUGUGCCACGAACACUUGGUUCACCACCGCAAUACAUUUUUAAUAUGACCACUUGCUUGCAUUUUUGAGGGGCGCUAUCAAACGUCCCCGGCGUAGCACCGGUUCAGCUGCAGCGGAGUCGGGUGAAAGCAGCUGCGGUGGCCAACGACUGAGCGGCAAAGAUGUGGGGCUUCUUCGUUUUCUCGAUGAUUCUUAUCUUCGGAGCAAUUCUUGUACUGCUCCGGAGGUACUGCGCAAACUCCGUGACCCUGACCGUUAAGGGUGCGACUUCCUAUGCUUGGCUCACCGCGAUGGCUGUGGUAGCCAUCGUGCCACUGGACGUCUACUCAACGCUUAACUCCCACAAGCCGUCGGAGUUAGGCGUCAUGUGGGACGUUGCCUUCUGGUCGACCCAGGCGCUGACCUGGCUGAUUCUGCCCUUCUUCCAAUACUACGCUGACGCCGGUGACUUCACUGUGAAGAACAAGUCCAUCACCAGUUUGAAGGAGAACGCAAUCCUGUACGGCUCCGUGGCAGCUGUGGGCGUCGUGGGCAUUGCUGCGCUGCUCAUCUCCAAGAAGAUGACUGUGGACGGACUGAUGGGUUUGGGCAUUGGCCUGUCAAACGCCUUCGGUCUCAUUGCCAGCAUCAUCCUGUUGGGGUACGGACUGGUGGAAAUCCCUCGCAACAUGUGGAAGGCCGACCCGGAGCGGCAGCUCAAGUGGUGCGCACACCGCGCUGGCAAGUACGCGGAGAAGGUGAUGAAGGCGACCUCGGAGCUGGAGACGGUGGUGACCAUCAUCGCAGCCAACGAGCGCCAGAUCCGCCGCCACGACCCGCUGCGCAAGUACAUGGACAUCAUCGUGGAGCACCUGGAGAAGGAGUCGCCCAUCAAGCCCUCGGACCUGGCGGCGCGCGCCGCCGCCGCCGGCCGCCCCGGCAUUGACAUCGAGUCCAUCGCGGCGGAGGACCUGGAGUACAACUACGACGUGUCGGGCCUGGCCGCACUAAGGCGCCGCAUGUUCUUCGCCAUCAGCACCUACAACGGCGACCGCGCGCAGUACGAGGAGGUGAUGGCGGAGGCGUUCGAGCUGGAGGACAUUGUCAAGUGCAGGCAGCUGAACGACUACACGCCGCGGGUGCCCACCCGCUCGCCCAUCAAGAAGGCGGUGUGGUACUACAAGUGCGCGCUGAGGGCGCACUGGCACCGGGUGCUGGCGGUGGUGUUCGCCAUGCUGUCUGUGCUCAUCGUGUGGGCGGAGGCCACCAUCGUGUCGCCAGUGGACAUCUCGCCGCUGUCGCUGCUGAUCAAGGGAACCGACAAUGCCGAGUUCGGGGUGCAGCUGCUCACGCUGCUGCCGCUGGCCUACAUCUGCGCCUGCACCUACGCCGCGCUGUUCUCCAUCACUGCCUUCGACUACAACAAACUCAUCCCGCGCGCCACAAUCGGCAGCGCGCUCAUGCAGAACGGCACGCUCAUGUGCCGCUUCGCCGCGCCCACCUGCUGGAACUUCUACCACAUGAUCCGCAUGACCGGCUCACACGGCAAGACCGGCACCACUGUGUUUGAGGACAAGAUGGGCAGCAUGGACGUGCCGGCCUUCCUGCGCCAGCACCUCAACACCUACCUGCCCCUCAUCCUGGUGGUGGAGUGCGGCAUCACGCUGCUAAACCUGUGGGACCGCAUCAUGGGCAUCUGCGUGUCGUCCAAGUACAAGUUCUCCAACGACGACGACGUGGAGGACGCCUACACGGAGAAGGGCCGGCAGCUCAUCGCGCGGGAGCGGGAGGCGGUGGGCAAGGGCUUCGCGGUCGGCCAGGUUCUGACCACGGCCUUCUUCGACCUGGACUUCCCGGACAUUGUGGGCGGGCCGCGCAGCCGCACCACGCAACAGAAGAAGGGCUUCUUCGGGCUCUUCAGGAAGUCCGCGCCCGCACCCGCGCCGGUGCCGCCGCCGCAGCGCUCGGCGACUUUGCCUUCGGCGGGCGCCGCCGGCGGUGCGGCACAGCCGCCCGCCGCCACCCGCUACCAGUCCGCCACCGCAGCGGCGGCGGCGGCGCGCUGGCUGGGACGCGGCACGGGUGUGCCGGCGGGCGGCGACGGCGGCGCGGCGGGGGGCGGCGGGCCGAGCUUGCUGGACGGCGGCGCGACGACGUCACUGCUGGCGGCACGGUACGACAAGAGCCCCACGCCCGAGUACGACACCCACAUGGCGCCAGGUGGUGGUGGCGGCGGCAAGUCGGGGCUGGACGGAAUCUUUGCCGACCUCCACGUGGCGGGGGGAGCGGCGGGCUCAGGUGGAGCGGGAGCGGCGGGUCGCGGCGGUGGCGGCGGCGUGGCGGCGGCGGCGCCGGGCGCGACGGAAAAGGACUCGUUGCUUGGUGGCUUCUGGGGGCGGAGCUAGGGGGCCCGGAGUGCUGGGGUUGGGUGUGGUGCGGGGGACGUGGGGGCGCGGGGCUUCGGUAGUGGCGCGGGGGAUACUUCAUUGGGAAGCCCGAGAAAGGGAGGGCGGCGUAGCGUGUGUGUGGACGGUUUUGGCGUACUGACUCGUGUGUGCGUGCGUUGCAUUUGCGAAAAGCCGGGGGCCUUGAGAGCGCAGCCGAAUGUCCCGUGCAGAGUUCAUGUGUGGGAGUUGACUUGAACAAAUGAUGACUGAGAUCCUGACAAAGACGUACGGUACUUGGGGUAGCAGACAACCAAGUGCGCAGCUGGCAUAGCCAGAGCGCUGCGGGGCAGCGGCCCAAGCAACGCCCGUUGGUGUGGGGGAACAGGGAUACCCCUGGAUACCCCUGGAGGCUCAAGCAAGUCUGCGCCACCUACCGUAUUCGAUCUUCCAAGCGAUCCCGCGUAACGCACUGACCCUCGCAUCAUCAAUCCCGGCAAGCAACUCGGCAAGUGUGGGGAUGGGACUGUUACUGACCAACACGUUCGGAGUGAAGCCUGCAUGUAUGCCGGGUGCGUGGUGCGUGGGUGCGCAUUGACUGACCAACAUGCGAAGCUUUGCUAGCUUGGAACGCUAGAUGGCCAAGCCUGAUCCCAACGAACAGGGCUCCUAUCUUAAUGUCUCCAGACAUUAAACGGCCAUUUUGGCCAUUUUCCAGACAAACGGAGGGGGGGGUUCACGCACGCUUUUGAACAAAACAAGCGGUGUCUGAGGAGAGGCAAACUCUACCAUAGUGACAUAUAUAUUUUGUGGAAAGUGAGGGAAUGUCAUGGUCAUUUAGGAGAUUUUCGGCGAUCUGACGAGGAUGAAGGAUACCCCGAUCAAAUCUUCC